UACUUUUUGCGGUCAGCCUGCUGCCAGUGGUGUAGUUCAUCAACGCUACAGACAGACGCACUCUCCCUGUCUGUCUGUCCGCUCUUUUUCUCCCUCUCUCUCUCUCUCUCUCUCUCUCACACACACACAUCCACACUCCUCCGAUGGAGGUAAUAUGUGUGUGGAGUGUGCUAAUGGUGUUGUGUCCCUACGUGCAGCAGGGCUCCACAUGACUAUUAUUGUGGGACAAGAAAAGUAUUUUACUGUUUAGCUUUUUGGCGCGAAAAUUACAGAAGCUAGGUUGCAAACCUAACCAAGAGUGGUCGAAUAUGACUUGGCUGACAGCUGAUUCAGACACCAAUGCAGUCUAUGAUUCCGACACCAAUUCCGAGUGGUCCUAACAUUUUCAUUCUGGUAAACCAGCAUAUGAAAUGUCCAGACCCGGGCACCGUCUGUAAAUUUUGGUCAGAGUGAGACCAAGCCCAGGCAAAUAUAAAACGGCGCGGGACAAAGAGUACGCCAGCGAUGGAUGAGACUGCAGUGGAUGACGACACUCAAAGACAAACAGCACCAACGCUACUAGAGGAGGAUGGAGAAGAAGCGUCAGGUAGAACUGAGGUAAUGACGUUUCCAAUGUGGAGGAUGUACAGACUCGUGGCAUUCAGCAGCGACCAAUGAGGUCUUCAAAGGAUGUGGCAAAGAGGAUUCAGUGGCGCGUGGUCCUGGGCGGACGGAUCACAGACCACCCGCUGUGGAGCCCCUCCUCUAAUGGUGUCCAGUGCAGCAAGAACUUCUCCCCAGACACGUUGGACCACAUGAAGACUAAUAGUUGUGAAGGAACAGAGAGGAAGUCUAACUUGGUCCAGACAAAGAGGAAUCCUGAAGUGCCCAAGAACAUUUCUAAUGUAAAAAUUAGACCAAAAAGACCACAGCAAAAAAGAAAGUGGCGUAGUGACGAGAACCAAAAUGCAGAGGAUGCAGAAGACCCUAAAGACUCUCGCACUUGUCUGAUGGAUCAUGCUCUGGCAGCAGAGCUGCUGGAACUGGUCAGCGGCACUGUGGCCAAGAUCCAGAGGCACCAGCAGGCCAGCCGGGGGCUGCAGAAUGACCACAGCUGCUUGUCCCUCCCCUCGGACCCGGCCCGACUCGCCGCUCUGGUCAACGGGUUGGUCAAGGACAAGCACCGUGAUGAGGACGAAGUCCUGUCCUUACGCAGUAGGCUGAAGACCAAGGAACAGCAGCUGGAGGAAAACAAGGCGAGGUUCGAGGAGCGCUACAGUGAGCUGGGCGCCAAGCUCUGCUCUCUGGACGUGCAGCUUAAGCGGGAGCGAGAGGAGAAGCGCCACCUGCAGGAGGAGCUGAAGGAGGCCAAAGCACAGCUGGUGUCCAGCAACAACACCAUCCUCUUCCUCAGCAGCAAGCACAACCAGCCCGCUCCUCCUCGACCCAAGCCUACCUUCACUGCCCUCUCUGCCCGCGUGCUGAGCCGCGGCCCCGCUCAGUGGGUGCGCUUCUUCACGGGCUUCAGUUCCUACGCCCGCUUUCAGGCCUUCCUGGCCUUCCUGCAGAGUGGGGACAGCACCCUGCUGGUACAGAGCUCCCUCGGCAUGGCCGCGGAAGGAGAGGAGAAGAAGGAUGAGGAGGAGGAGGAUGAGACCGAGGAGAGGAAGACUGAGAAUGGACCAUCAGACACGGAUGGGAUUGACCAGGAGUCCACACCACCCACCCAGGGCGAUGACCCCACACUCUUCCAAGAGGAGGAAGAGGAUGAGGCCACAGCAGAAUCUGUGCGCAUGAAUCUCAUGGCCGAACUGCAGCAGCGGUCACUACCGUCCAAGCAUGCUCUGGCCCCUGAGGACGAGCUGCUGAUGGUGCUGGCGCGCCUGCGUCUGGGCAUGCUGGUGCAGGACACGGGCUUCCGCUUCCAGGUGCCGGACUCCACCGCUGGCCGCGUCUGGGCCGACUUGAUGGGCCUCAUGCAGCGGCGCCUGCAACAGGUCCCUGUGUCGCGGUAGCCACCUUUACAUCAACCGGUUCCAGCCGCAGCACUCGCUCCACCUGGGCGCUGGCCGAGAGCUGGCCGUACUCGAGUGCACUGACCUCCUCUUCGAUGCCAUGUUUAGUGACCGCAAGGCCUUGGCGCA